CCUGGGGAGGGGUGAGGAUGGGGUAUAUGAAGGCCUCAGGAUCGAGCUCUAGAAAGGGUGUCUUUGGUUCCACGAGCAUCCACUGAGCUGCUGCCCGGCAUGAAGCUCACCGCCGCUUUCCUGGUCCUCAGCGUGGCCCUGCUCAGCCACUCCGCUGUGGCCUUCUUUAUGGACUUGAUGGCCAAACCUGUGGCCCCGGUUGCAGCUGUCCUCACCCCUGACCUGGGGGUCGGGGCUGGGGCCCUGGAGGCGGGGGCUGGGGCCCUGGAGGCCGGAGCUGGGGCCCUGGAGGCCGGGGUUGGGGCCGUGGCACACCCCUUUUUCAGGGGCUUCAACCCCCUGACGUUCAUACUGGCCAGCCUGGGCAUCCCAGUGGAGCAUCUGGUGGAAGGUUCCAGGAAGUGCGUGACUGAGCUGGGCCCUGAGGCCGUGGGGGCCGUGAAGUCUUUGCUGGGGGCCCUGACAUUCUUUGGCUGAGCAGAGGCCAGAGUAUCCCUGACUGGGGACAAGAUGCUGCCACCUACAGGAUGGAGACCUGCGUCACCCCUUGCCCCCCUCUCAAUAAACAUGGUUAAAAGCA